AUGGAUUUGGUCCCUCAAAUUCCUCACAUAGAGCUUUUGAAUGGUAUCGAGGGUGUGAAAGAUCCGGAAAGAAAGAUCAAAUACAUGUGUCUGGCGCUGCAGCGCAUGGUGAAAUCAGAGAACUGCUCAUGUCUGUACUGCACAGGAAUAUCGUCAAAUCCUUUACUUGUCUUCGAAGAAGCAUAUCGUCAACUCGUGAAGCGAGCGCUAAUACCAUCAUGUGUUGUACACGAGCCUGACGGGACUAUCAAUGUCCCAUCGGCGAAGACCGAUGUGCAAGUGCACACUGCUGCAAAUAUUCCACCCACUCCAUGCUGUCAAGCACCGUCCGUUGCAGCGUCGCCUGAGCGACCUCGCAAGUACAUGACGGAACCAGACCCUCUGAGUCGUUCUCAUUUCCCAAGAGCGAAGCUGGAUCUUAGUUCUGAAGGUCAAUUGGCGAUACUGGCCGAUGAGCGUAUGAUCCGUUCUCGGCCAGUCACUGUGUCAGAGGCGGAAGUCAAGAGACUUACAACAAUUAAGGAGGAGAAGGACCUUCUUGAGAUCGGCAGAACGAGCGGACGAGGCGGCAAAGGUUCUAGAGGUCCAUACAAGAAGAAGAAGAAUCAACUUGGUGUACCAGCCAGUCGAACUCUAGCUGGAGCUUUGAAGCGCGAGCAAGCUUGCGACGAUCACGACUCAAAGAGAUAUUGCAACAACGACAUUCGUGGGCAGAUAGAAAGACUUAACCCUCCAUCGUUCACCAGCGGCACUGACACACCAUCGGAUCCUCCACCGAGGUACGAUUGUAACGGACCCAUUGUCAAUAACGUUGCUAUUCACAGGCCAAACGCUGUCCCUGCUAUCAACAGACAGCCAUCAACUUUUCCACGUCAGUCAUCCUACACCAUCCCAUCCGCGCCGACAACUCCACCGCGACAGCCCGUCUCACAAUACACAUUCCAUUCGCCUCCAAGACAGAAUGGAAUAGGACACCUCAUCCCACCUAAUUCACCGCAGAACUUGUACUCUCCCUCGCAAGUGCAGGCUAUCCUGAACAAUCUGGGGCGUACACAAACGCUAACACUGCCUAAUCUCAACCAAUCGCCCCCACGACACAAUGGCUUCGCAUACCCUCCAACUCCGCCACGAGCCACAGCACAACCUGUGCAAAGAGUCUCCCCACAGACCUUCGCGCAACAGCUCAGGCAAAUCGCUAACAACGGAGGCACCCCAUCUUCAAUGUCGAGCCGUCCCUCACCAACCAGCCAUCCAGCACAAUGGCAGGCUCAACCACGCGGGACAUCAACCUCGCCCAUGAGUACAUCCAGCGGCAUGACAGGACACUCCCCCGCUACCCCAUCUCCUCGACGAUUCACGAAUGGCACUACGACUGGCGUUCUCCCAAAUAACAUGAACAAUAUGCAGCAACAUGGACCUGUUCUGACUCCCAGAGGACAGCUCCCGGUGCCGCCAUUAAGCAUUGUACGUGACAACGUUUGGAUCGAUAGGUUUGGGAGAAGCUGGACGAGAAACUUGGAGGGCCGAUUUGUGCCUUAUAGAGGUCUGUGA